AUGUCAACUGCCGUACAAUCCACUGCUCAAAACUCCCCCGCCGUUCAACCAACUCCCGUGACCGGACCUCAGUUAUCAGUCGAGCAACAACAACAGCAGAUUGCUGCUGCUCAGGCUCAAGCCGCUGCUCAGGCCCAGUUUGGAAACCCUCCGGCUCCCCAAGCCUCUGCCUCGCUUUAUGUUGGUGAGCUGGAUCCAUCAGUCACUGAGGCUAUGUUGUUCGAAAUGUUCAAUAUGGUCGGUCCAGUGGCUAGUAUUAGGGUUUGCAGAGAUGCCGUUACUAGAAGAUCGCUUGGAUAUGCUUAUGUGAAUUUCCAUAAUGCUGUCGAUGCAUUCGAGAUAAACAUAGCAUUACAAGUUGCAGAACUUGAUCUUGUUAUAUAUCGACGCGAAGCCUAUACCCGCAACGUGUCACAUUCUUAUUCGAACGAAAAUCACUUAAUCAAGAUUUUUGCAACCAACUCAUUUCUUUUAUUUUCAACUUUUCUCGUAAAUCUCAAAGGCGAAAGGGCUCUGGAAACCCUCAAUUAUACUUUAAUCAAAAACAAACCAUGCCGUAUCAUGUGGUCUCAGCGUGACCCUGCGCUGCGCAAGACAGGAACCGGAAACAUUUUCAUCAAGAAUCUCGACAGGUCAAUUGACAACAAGGCUCUGCACGAUACCUUUUCUGCAUUUGGAACUAUCCUGAGCUGCAAGGUUGCCAUGGAAGAUGGUGUUUCAAAGGGAUAUGGCUUUGUGCAUUACGAAACUGCUGAGGCUGCUGAGACUGCUAUCAAGCAUGUUAAUGGCAUGUUGUUGUACGAUAAGAUAGUUUAUGUUGGCCACCACAUUCCUAAGAAAGAACGCCAAUCCAAACUAGAAGAAAUCAAGGCCAAAUUUACCAACGUUUACGUAAAAAAUCUCAGCACCGAAGUGACUGUUGAAGAACUUGAAGAGCUCUUCAAGAAAUAUGGUGCAAUCACUUCCGCUGUAAUCCAAACUGACGAACAGGGAAAUUCUAAAGGCUUUGGUUUCGUAAACUUUGAAAACCAUGAACAAGCGGCGGAGGCAGUCAACGCUCUCCAUGAUUCUGAAUACAAAGGCAAAAAGCUUUUCGUCUCACGUGCUCAGAAAAAACAUGAACGCGAAGAAGAAUUGCGCAGACAGUACGAGCAGGCGAAGUUGGAAAAACUUAACAAAUACCAGGGUGUUAAUUUGUAUAUCAAGAAUUUAGAAGAUGACAUCGAUGACGAAAAAUUGAGACAAGAAUUCUCAGUCUAUGGGUUGAUUACUAGUGCUAAGGUUAUGAAAGAUGAAAAGGGCACGUCGAAGGGUUUCGGAUUUGUGUGCUUUUCGUCCCCUGAUGAGGCUACUAAGGCUGUUACUGACAUGAAUGGGCGUAUGAUUGGUUCCAAGCCCAUUUAUGUUGCUCUCGCGCAGCGUAAAGAUGUUAGGAAAUCUCAUCUGGAAGCUCAAAUUAAUCAGAGGAACCAAAUUCGCAUGCAGCAGGCCGCUGCUGGAAUGACCAGCGGUCCCGGUUAUUUCACACCAAACAUGUUCCCUGCCGCUUUGUAUGCUCCACAAAAUCAACGCGGUGGUGUUGUCUUCCCACCGCAACCAGGUAUGGUCCCUCCACCAGCUCCACGACCCCGCUGGUUCGCUCAACCACAAAACUCGUAUGUUCCACAAUCAAUGGGCAUCCAGAACACUUCCUCAGGACGCGGUCGUAAUCAAACUCGUUCAGGUGCUCCACCUCGUGGUGGACCCAACAAUCAAGGUCGACCUCAAGGGACCACCACGAGCCAACCGAAUUCUACCGGACCAAAUUCACGUUUACCGGCCGGCCGUGCGAAUUUCAAGUUUAAUUCUCAAGCGAGAAAUAAUGGGCAAGCUAAUCAACAGGGUGGCUCAUCUGGGACUACCGUUCCACCGGCUUUGACUGCUGCAGCACUCGCUGCAGCGCAGCCGGAACAGCAGAAGCAGAUGCUUGGUGAACAGUUGUUCCCGAAGAUCAAUGCUAGACAGCCUGAUUUGGCCGGAAAGAUUACGGGAAUGUUGCUGGAAAUGGAUAAUAGCGAAUUGUUGCAUUUAUUAGAAAGUCCCGAGGCGCUUGAGGCAAAGGUUGAGGAAGCCGUAGCUGUUCUUCGGCAACAUGCGAUGACUAGUAGCGGUGACGACAAUGCCGCAAAUUAA